AUGUUCCGAAAUACUUAUCAAGGCGGACUUUUGUCCAUCUUAUAUAGUUGCGGAUCGGCUCCUCUGGAAUUAUGGGAUAUGCACGUGAAAAAUGGAUAUAUACGAAGAAUCACAGAUGAGGAGAUAAAAUCAUUGACAUUAGAAAUAGCUGGCACUAAUGUGGCUACGACCUACAUUUAUUGUCCAGCGGAUCCAAAGAAAGCGUUGGGUAUUAAGCUGCCUUUCCUCAUCAUCAUCAUCAAGAAUAUGAAGAAAUAUUUCACGUUCGAGAUAACAAUACUGGACGAUAAAGAUAUGCACAGGAGAUUCCGCGUGAGUAAUUUCCAGAGCACAACUCGCGUCCGUCCAUUUUGCACGUCCAUGCCCAUCGGGCUUUCAGGUGGAUGGAAUCAGAUUCAGUUUAAUCUAUGCGACUUCACACGACGAGCCUACGGCACAAAUUAUAUCGAGACCACCAGAAUGCAGAUCCAUGCUAAUUGUAGGAUCAGACGAGUUUAUUUCGCUGAUAGACUUUAUUCAGAGGACGAGAUAUCAGAAGACUUUAAACUCUUUUUCCCGAUACAUCGUAAAAAAUGCGUUAAAGAGGAGAGAGUACCAAAGAAACCCAGCGUUGAAAAGGAACCUAUCAUUACGGAGGAACCAACUAUCGAAGCGGAAGUGCAAAUAGAGGAAAUGAUUGAACCACCAAUAAUUUCGAAAGAAGAAAUUAAGGAUUUAAUUAAAGAAGCGAUGCUUGAAAAGAUGGAAGAGAUUACUGUAGAAGACGAAGAAGCAAUAAGAGACGAAGAGGAAGAAGAAGAGGAAAAAGAAGGCGAAGAGGAAAGAGAAGGCGAAGAGGAAAGAGAAGGCGAAGAGGAAAGAGAAGGCGAAGAGGAAAGAGAAGGUGAAGAGGAAGAAGAAGAAGAAGAGGAAGAAGGUGAAGAAGAAGAAAAAAUAGAAGAAGAGCCUGAAAUUCUUAUAGAAGAGGAGGAAACUGAAAUAACUCCAGAAGAUGAAGAGGCAGAAAAAGCUGUAGAUACAGCAAGAUUGGAAGAAGCUGAUGUAGAAGGCGAGGUGGAAGAUUAAAUGGGAUAUAUGACAUACGAUUAUACAGUAAAUAUUCGUCU